AUGUUUUCAACAAAUAAUACCACUAAUUCUAGUGGUUCCAUUUUUGGAAAUUCUAAUUCUACAUCUAAUUUAUUUGGUAGCUCAAAUAACAAUCCCAACUCUACCUCUUUAUUUAGUUCUAAUACCAACAAUGGCUCAAUAAACACACCUUUAUUUGGCUCUGGAAAUAAUUCAAAUAGUUCCAAUAACGCUCCAAUUUUUUCAGGUACUAAUUCAAACUUUUCAACUUCAAAAACUGCACCUUUAUUCGGUUCAAAUGCUACUUCCAAUGCCCCAACGGUUUUUGGCUCAAAUGCGUUAAAUCCAGUAAACAACUCGAAUUCAUUGUUUAAUACAAGUAAUGCCUCUAACAACCUAACUAGCUCAAGUUUGUUUUCUUCUUCUACACCUACUAACCCUGGAACUGGGCUUUUUGGUGGUCAACAGAAACCUGGACUUUUUAAUUCUUCUACUUCUGCAACAAGUUCUCAAAAUAAACCCUUAUUUGGACAAUCAAAUACAGGAGGAACUGGACUUUUAGGGCAACCUCAAUCGAAUUCAUUAUUUGGACAAGGAAAUCAAGUUAGUAUCAAUCAAAAUAAUUCAAGCCAGUCUCUUUUUAAUAUGCAAUCACCUUUUUCCUACAGCAACGAUACAAAUGUCAUUCAUAGUUUGGCCGAAGAAGGAAUCAGGCAAAGUGCUGUAUCAAUUUCCCAAGCUCCAUCUUCUUUGCCGUUAUCCCAAUAUUCUUCCAAUUCGGUGCCAACAUUUUCACAGCCAUCUAAUCAUUUUCAGCCGCCUGUUUAUAAUGGUAACAAUACCUUGUCUUUAAAUCUUGGUUCUACCUUGUCAUCAGGUUAUCGUCGUCCGGUUAUUACACCUAGCUGGGCUCAGGAAAGAAAAUACAAAUCAUUUCAAUCGGCCACUCAAAAGCAUGUAAGUUCUUUCAACAAAAAUGAAAAGUCUUCGACCUCAUUACAUCACAGAAAAUCAUCCUUAUCACCAUCUCAAUCGCCUACUGCAUUUGGGACAUCUUUUUCAGGAGUUCCAAAACCUUCACAUACGAAAAAAAAAACUUUUGUUCAGGAAGAUCCGCCACCAACUAAGAGUAUUUAUGAUAAUGAUCCUAGAAAUUCAAUUGGAUCUUUUGUGAAUGAGAAAACUACUAAAAGCCAACCAGACAAUCACAUUUCAUCAGGAUUUGGCAACUCAACCACAUCAUUGUCUAGUUCAGCUGCCUCUAAAUCUGUAACAUCCGGGUCUUCGCAAAAUUCUUCUGCAGCAAAUAGCUCGGCUUCUGCAGAUAUUGUUUCAGUUAUAAUUUUUGGGUUCCCGGCCUCUUUGACUCAAUCUGUGGUUUCUUACUUCUCAAGGUUUGGAAAUAUUCUCGAAAACGUCGAUUCCAAUAAAAGACUUCAUCAAUCUUCUAAAGAAAAGAAGAAUUAUCCCACUCAAAUUCAUACUGGAAAAAACUGGUUGAAAAUCACAUAUGAAAACCCAGUGUCUGCUGCUCGAGCUAUUCAAGAAAAUGGUGUUGUCUUUGCAGGGCAGUAUAUUAUUGGGUGUGUUCCUGCCACUACUCAGAAAUUAAAAGAGUUUGAAAAGGCAGGUGCGAUGUUAAUUAAUGAUGCUAACACUCAGGAAAUGUAUUUUAAUAUAUCUUCUUUGAUGAGUCCAGUUAGUGAUAAAGACAAGAUUGCUAAUGAUCAACUGAAAACUCCACAAAAAAAUGAGUUAAAUGGGCAUGGAUCAAGUAAGUCACCAUUUGGAAAUCAAAAAGGUAGUGCUAAAACUGAGAAUAUCCCUAUUAUUACUGGUAGUAAGCACAAAGCCAUAAAAGAUGGGAAAAAUAUAUUUAAUUCCCCUGCAAAGCAGUUGCAUUCCCCGUUGUUAUUUCGAUAUGCACAAGAAAAUGAUAAAAGCGCUAAUUCAAACAUGUCAUCGUCAAAACGAUUGCAAGCUGGUAAAACAGGGUGGUUUUCUUGGACCGGUAAAAAAGCCCAAGAACUUGUGUUUGGAUGGGAUGAUCUAUAG